AUGGCUCUCCUCUCUCCAAAAAUCUUCUCAUUUUCUACCUUCUUUUUCUCAAUCCUUUUCUUCUCUUCUGUCUUUGCCGGUAACAAUAACCAGACAUUCUCAACCCAACAAUGCAUACAUGAACACUUCUCUGCAUUGCUCCACCUGAAGAAUGGCUUUUACUUCUCUGAUAAAGCCUUCACUAACCUCUCCUCAUGGAAUUCAAACAAUACCGAUUGCUGCUUCUGGGAAGGCAUCACGUGCGAUGGAGCUACUGGUCACGUGGUCAGCUUUGACCUCAGCGAGUUCUUUAUCUCGGGUCGGGUUGAUUUUGAAAGCCUCUUCCGUCUUCAGAGCCUACAGAGGCUCAACCUCGCUUUCAAUGAAUUUGAUGCCUCUCCAAUUCCUUCUGGGUUCGAGCAACUCACCAGUCUGACCCAUCUCAACCUUGGUUCUUUGCAUUUUUAUGGUCAAAUCCCGCUGGAAAUCUCCAACUUGACCAGUUUGGUUUCUCUCGAUCUUUCUUACAAUCAUCAUUCUGCCAAUGAUUCCAUAAAUGUACCCCUGAAACUCGAAAACCCAAACAUCAGAACUCUCGUCCAAAACCUGUCGAGUCUGAGAGAACUCCAUCUGGACAAUGUAAACAUCUCAGCACAGGGAAGCGAGUGGGGCCAGGCAUUAUUCAUGUCACUUCCUCGUCUCCGGCAGUUGACCUUACAAUAUUGUGGUCUUUCAGGCUCCAUCCAUUCUUCUCUUUCCCGACUCCGUUUCCUAUCUCAACUCGACCUCAGUGCAAAUGACCUGUCAGGAUCAUUGCCAUCCUUCCAUGUGAAUCUCACCAAGUUAGAGUACUUGGAUCUUUCAUUCAAUAGUUUCAGCGGCCCAAUUCCUUCUUCGUAUGGAAACGAGCUUCUUAAUCUCAAAGAGAUCAUGUUACUAGUUAAUUUUCUCAAUGGGACCAUUCCAGCAUCAUUGUUUUCAAUCCCAACGUUACAAAUGCUGGAUCUCAGCAAGAAUGAGCUAGGUGGUCGGCUUGAUGUGAUCCACAAUGCAUCUUCUACACAGUUGGAGCACAUUUAUUUGGGUAACAACAACUUGCAGGGAAUGGUACCGAGCUUUAUCUUUAAACUUCCGAAGCUUAGAACCAUUUCCCUUCUUUCCAACAAUUUCAGUGGUGUUGUGGAGCUAGGCUUAUUUCAAAAUCUCAAGAACCUCUCGCUUCUCGAUCUUUCAGAUAACAACCUAUUUAUCAAAGACAGCAAUGAUAAUUCUACCAUUUUCUCCUUUUCCCAAAUCAGAUAUCUAUCCAUGCGUUCUUGCAAUGUUAGCAAAUUUCCAAAUUUCUUACGAAAUCAAGAGCAAAUGGUACAUCUAGACCUUUCCAACAAUAGAAUCAAUGGUGGAAUACCCAAAUGGAUAUGGAAUGUUGGGAAUAAGACUUUAUACUACUUAAAUCUUUCUCACAAUGCUCUGCAGGGAAUAGAACCACCAUUUCUCCAUGUUUCGUUCACUGACCAGGCUGUUCUCGACCUUAGUUCCAACAUGCUAGAAGGCUCACUUCCGUCCGUGCCACCCUCCUCCUCUUUCUUCUCUUUUUCCAACAAUAGACUUAGUGGUGAAAUCCCAAUGUCAAUUUGCGACAUGACAUCUCUUGAAGUCCUCAAUCUAUCCAAAAACCAGUUAACUGGUUGGAUUCCACAAUGUCUAAGUGAAAUCACUGAUAGCCUCAAUGUGCUGAACCUCCGAGGAAAUGCUUUUUCCGGCACCUUGCUUCAAACAUUUAAAGAGAGUUGCAAUCUGCAAACACUUGAUCUUAGUGAGAAUCAAUUAGAAGGCCAAGUGCCAAGGUCUUUGGCUAAUUGCACAAUGUUGGAGGUAUUAAACCUUGGAAACAACCAAAUAAAUGACACCUUCCCUACAUGGGUAGAAGCUUUGUCCCACUUGCGCAUUCUUGUCUUGAAAUCCAACAAAUUUUAUGGCCCCAUUACACUUGCACAAACAAAUCUGAGCUUCCCAAUGUUGCAAAUCAUUGACCUCUCUUCUAAUUGUUUCAUGGGUGGCUUGCCAUCAAAUAUGUUUUAG